AAUGUUGCCACUUACCUACUCUAAGAAUGUAAUCAUAGAAUGUCCUGAGUUGGAAGGGACCCACGAGACUGAGUUCACCUUGUGUCCCUGCAUAGGACAACCUCCAAAUUCACGGUGUGCAGAGUGGGGUGGGACAGUGACGUGCCUUGACCGAGGGGCAAUACAGUGCUUGAUGUACCCCACGGUUAGCCCUCUUGGCUGCCAGGGUGUGCUAGUUUAUUGCUUUUAUGCUCUUCUGUAUUUUGAAGUUUAUACAAGCAGAGCCUCUCUACGACUUACAAGUGUAAAACAAACACCCUCCUCCCCACCCCAAACCAAAGCAACGGCAACCACCACCCAAACCCCAAACAGAACAGCAACAAGCAAACCCCAGACAACAAGAACUAACAAAAAAAUUAUGGCAUAGAUAACCAGGAGUUUUUGUAAGGAGGUUUUGUAAGGAAACUGGUGUAAGAAACAAGGCUAGUGCUUGAGCUAUUCUUGGCCAUCAGUUGUGCAAGAUUGAAGCCAGCAAACUCUUCUGCUUUGUGGAAUCACAUGAUACAUUUAACUGAAACUGCAAUUUGUCUUGAAGUGCUAAUGUUUCGUAAGCCUUUUCCUUGUAUAUGUGUGUCAUCAAUUUAUAUGAAUGAAAUUAAGCACAUACAUUCAAAAAAUGUCAUUCAUUAACAAACCUGUGGGCUACUGUUGAGGCCUACGCAGGACACCUGUCAGUUGACACCACAACUAGCAAUUCUACAAGUGUGCCUGGAGUACUUCCAAAGAGAAUAAUAUUUCUUAAUGAGUAAGAAAAUAAAUUUCUUCAGAGAGUGUUUAACAAUCAGCAGCUGUUGUUUGUGCUGAUAACUCUGGUCCUAGAAAAGAAAUCAUCGCUUCAUCAGUUUCUUCACUUUGUAAGUGGAAAUGGUUUAAGAAUGUAAGAAAGUCUGUAUGGAGUUCAGAUGACGGGUCCCACUAAGUCCGAUGUUCGAUUUAUUUUAGUCGAUUUAUGACUACUUUCAAGUAGUCAGUGAUUUAGGGAUUUUUCCAAGCUGGAGGUCCACCGAAUCAUCCUGUGUAAUGAGUAUUUAUAAACCUGUCACCUGUGGAAUUGCUCAGAUGUAUUCAAAUAGGGAUUGCACUGUUUUCUUGCCUAAUGACCUGUGGCAGAAUGUCCUGCAAUAGAAGUUGAUCUGUUUCUUCCUUUUGAUACCUUCUGGUUCUUAAAUUACAGUAAAAAAACGAAAGGCGAUUCCAUCUCAUGUGUUUCCAUAAUAAUCUGUGAUGUUAUUAGAUCUUUAUUAUGUUCUUCUAGUGAUAGCUUUUCCAGGUUGCAGUUUGCUGAUCUUGUUAGUGCUCUUUUUUGAUAGAAACGAUUUUGCAUUUCUGAUCAUUGUUAUUUCUGCUUUGGAUAUGUAAGUUAGAGUGUCAUGGCAUCUUCUUGAAGCAUUGAGGACUUCAGACCAUAGUCAAAACAGACUUUUUCUGUUUUAUCAUUAAAUCCCCAAAGAAUUUUGUAAAAUUUUGAUUGCUACUAGUAUUUUCAAAGAAGUUUCCAAGUGAUUCUCUGAUCUUUCUUGAGCAAUGGCUGCCAAUUUAGUGUCUAAUGUUAUUUAUACUGGAUUUGUAUUUGCAUUGUCAUUGACUUUCAUUUACUGUUUUAUCAGGCAGUUGCUCAGUAUUGACAUCCUUAAGUUUAAGAAAAUUGAGAAGAAUGGCUAAUGUCUCCUAAUUACAUUCAAGGAUAUCUGAUAAGACCUCAUUUUACUAUUGUACAAUGAUUGCCAAACUGUGGAUAAUACACUCUUCAUUUGUCUGACUUGCUAGGAAUGUCCAGCUUUCAUUUCUCUGGAUUUGAUCUUGGGGCUAAUCGGCCUGUUACACUGUGUAUUCAGAUCCUCUUAUUGUUGCUGACGAACUGGCUACUUACACAAUACAUAUGGUGCAGUUUUCCCUUGGAGGAUUUCUCAGGUCAUCAGAUGUCUCUGUAGAUGUCCCUAAAGUACUUUAUUAGUGUCAAGUUAAAGAUUAUGCAAAUAAAUGAUGUGUCCUUUGUUUUAACAGAUGAACACAUAGUAUUUGAUGAGUGAAUUCUGCCACCACACUUGUCCACAGUCUAAAAUCCAUCAUGUUUGCAGAGGGCUUUUUCCUCAGAUAGCAUUUGUUUUGCCUGUGUUUCAAGCCAACUGGGAGCAAGGAAUUGAUCACAGAGAAAUGCUGUGCUGGAGCUAAUGCAGCAUGUCCUGCUGACAGCGUCAGAGCUGCUUGGUGUUCCCACAGCUUGAGGCAUGGAGAGAGCAGGUACAGGUCUGGUUUUUAAUGUUGCACUGCAAGUUCAGUGUGGGUUUUAAAAACCGGCAGAUUUGUGCUGUUGAGUACAAAUUUGGCUUCCUUCUGCCUCUCUUCUUUUCGGGAGACAUGAACAAGUUCCAGUCCAAAAGGAAUGUGCUCUGACUGGAGCUUUUUGCUAUUAUGUCUUCAGAUGUGAGUUUGCAGCCAGCUGGCUUGGAGCACAGGCAGAGUGAGCAGCGUUCUGUAUGAAACUGCACUUUUAUAUUAGGCUUGACCAGGGGAUUUGCCUCCUCUUGGAAGGAGAGAAUCUACCAGGGGAGGACUGGGAGCAUUUACAGCCUGUACCUGCAAACAUGCUGAAGACAUAUUUGGUGAAUUGUUUAAUGAGGCCAACAGCUUCUACAUCAGAGCAAAUUCUCUUCAAGACAGAAUUGAUCGCCUUGCUGUCAAAGUUACCCAGCUGGAUUCAACAGUAGAGGAGGUAUCAUUACAGGAUAUCAACAUGAAAAAAGCAUUCAAGAGCUCAACAAUUCAAGAUCAGCAGGUAGUUUCAAAGAACAGCAUUCCUAACCCAGUGGCUGAUAUUUAUAAUCAGAGUGAUAAACCACCACCUCUGAAUAUUCUUUCACCUUAUAGGGAUGAUAAGAAAGAUGGAUUGAAGUUCUAUACUGAUCCUUCCUAUUUUUUUGAUCUUUGGAAAGAAAAAAUGUUACAAGAUACUGAAGAUAAGCGAAAAGAAAAGAGGAGACAAAAGGAGCAAAAGCGUAUAGAUGGCACCACCCGUGAGGUGAAAAAGGUUAGAAAAGCCAGGAACAGACGCCAGGAGUGGAAUAUGAUGGCAUAUGACAAAGAGCUUAGACCUGACAACAGGUUGUCUCAAAGUGUGUACCAUGGAGCAUCUUCCGAGGGAUCCCUGUCCCCAGAUACUAGGUCUCAUGCAUCUGAUGUUACAGAUUAUUCUUAUCCUGCCACUCCGAAUCAUUCCCUCCAUCAGCAGAUAGCAAUGCCUUCCUAUGGAGCAGGAGAUGGUGCACAGUACAUGGCAGCAUCCCAAAGCCAUGAGCAUGAAUACAGACCACCUUCCACCACUAUACGUCACGCUACCUUAAACAGACCUCAGCAACCACCUCCACCGCCACCCCAGCCUUCAGAUGGCCAGCAUAGCUCAGUACCUGUGGUACCAGCAGAAUAUGGGAUGCUUCCAGCUCAGAUGGUGGAUUAUUACAAUCCUGCAGGUCCUCCCCCUCCUCCUCCUCCCCCUAUGAUUCCUUCAGCACAAACUGCAUUUGUCAGUCCCCUUCAGCUUCCUGUGCCACCUUCCCAUUCCGGACUGGUGACCGGUUCUCCAUACGCUGCCACUCAUCCCCCUCCUUCUAGUGGGCUUGUUGUCACUGCUCCCCCUCCGCCCGGCCCCCCUCCGCCCCCGCCAGGCCCCCCAGCUGCGGGUCCCUCCCUCUCCCCCUCCCCAAUGCACGCUCCUCCAGCCGAGGCCAAGCGCCAUGAGCCUGCGCAGCCGCCUGUGAGCGAUGCUCGGAGCGACCUGCUUGCUGCCAUUCGCAUGGGAAUUCAGCUGAAAAAGGUUCAGGAGCAGCGUGAGCAAGAAGCAAAGCGAGAGCCUGUUGGAAAUGAUGUGGCAACCAUCCUUUCAAGACGCAUUGCCGUGGAAUACAGUGAUUCUGAUGAUGAUUCAGAGUUUGAUGAGAACGAUUGGUCAGAUUGAACCUGGUCCAAGCUCAGUAGCAAGUUCAUGAAACACUUGGCUUCAGUGAUUGCUUUCUUAGCAAGACAUAAAGCAGGGCAUUAACAUGUGUUAAGGCUAGUGAUCGAAGUGCUGAAGUUGAGUCGGCAUUAUUCAGAAUGCUGUAGCUUAGCAACUCUGGUAAUAAUGAUGUGAUUACGCUUAUGCAGAUCAGAAACUUGUCUUACUUUCAGUAUUUACAGCAUAAUACUUAAGUGCCACUAAAUGUAGCAAAUCAUGUGCUGCGUGCAAAACAUGCUGCAGUUGUUGCACUGUUACAGAACCAGCAUUUUAUUUUACAUUCCAAUCUUGAAGGGAUAAAAUAUAUUUUUUUGACUUUACAUCUUUUAAUUAUUUUAGCAACUUAGAUACUUGUGAAUUGGUCUGGUUGUUAGUCUUUGAGGGCAGUUUAACUAUAUGACUGAGUGAAGAGUUGAAUUCCAUAAAUAAGACUUCUAGCUUUUUUUUUUAGUUACUAAUUAUGCCCACUGUAGUCUAUUCUUCAUAAUUGCUGGGCUUAAGGAUCUUUUUGCCUACAGAAUUGAUUUUAUAUAAUAGUUCUUUUUAUCUUGACAAUGGUAGCAGAAGAUGAAAUGUAUGCUUUGAAGCAUGAAUCCACAUGAUCCAAAAUGACCAUUUUGUGAGCAGAGCAGAUAGGUAGGAGUCCAGCAGUAGGUUGCUGGCUGCUUGUUGGGAGUGUGCUGGGGCUCUUUGGGUGGGUAGUGGACACAUUUACAAAUGAAAGUUAAAAUACCUGUAGAGCUUUUUAGUUUUAUGAUACAGAUCAACGGGAUGCAAUGACUUCAGGGUAGACCUGAUAGAAGCCGUAUGGUUAUUGCAGUGUGUAAAUGUUCCUCUGUUAUUACUGAAGAUUGGAACUUUUAUCAGUCCAAAUCUAGCAACUGGAUACAUUUCACAAGUAUUAAACUUGGUCUUUAUGCCUGUAGGUAUAAAUGUUUGUAAAUAAGUUUUGUUGUUGUUGAUUUGUACACCUAUAGUCAUGACAGAUUUUCUGCUCCCUGUAGCACGUUUACUCAAAACUACUAUUACUUCGAAUGUAUUUCUUUUCCAGUCCAUCUGUUGAUAAAACAUGGGCAGUUAAAACAGUUUUAAUGGCUGUUUAGGUACUAUGCCAUAUAUAUACACCUGUUUUCUCCUUCCCUAGGAACAGUUUCUGCCAUGCUCUCAGUUUUCUUUUCACAGUACAGUAAUAAAAUGUUUGAGUUUAUUUUAUUUUAUAUUUUUCCUUCUUUCUUCUGGACUUAGGCUGCUGCUUUGCCUAAUGAGGUUUUAAAAAAUACAGUGCGGGAAGAAUUCUUUCCUUACCAGAUUACAGUUUUAAUCUUUGUAACUGAAGUCUCAGUAAUUCCAGGUGUAACACUGGGUAAAGCUCCUUUGUUCUGUGAGGCCCUGUCUGUUCUUGGAAAAAAAAAUAAUAGCAUGUAAAAUAAAAAGAGAAACGGGAGACGAUUAUCUAACUUGUGUUUACACAAUUAAGUUUUAGUCCUGAGAAUGUAACAGUCUAACAUGAUGUUUGCAUGCAGACUGUUGGCUACUUCACUGCUGUUUAAUCUGCGUAUGAUCUUCCAGGCUGUGGUGGGUGUCAUUGGUAGGGUGGUAACACGCUGCCUCAAUGUUGGUGUUAAAAUUUACCGUGUAAAGUAAGACCUAUCUCUGCAUAAUAGUGAACAACUAUGGCUCCUGUUAGUUGGUGCCAGCGGAAGGUGCUCCCCUCCCUUUCAGCCGGAGCUGGUUUUGUCUUUGCCUUAAAAUACAGAGCUGGAGGCUGCUUUGUUUGGUGUCCCGCAGUCCGAGUGUCCACCGCAGAGGACGGCGUUUGGCCCACGGCCCGAUUGUGGGUUUCAUCCAUCUGUGAGAGACGGUUUGUUCAGAUCAUCAGGGUGCGCUUGCAAAAUGAUUCUUUGGAUGGGGAGGCUAAAAGCGCAAGCGGGACACAGCGUUACAUCCCCGUGUCGGUGGGGAGGGAACUGGUGGUGUUCUUUUAAUGCACACUGACGUGGAAUAUCUCAGCAGAAAAUUCUUUCCAAGCUACUGAAAUUUCAUAUGAGAGAAGAUAUAUUUUGUGAGCACAGAAGUUGGGCGUGUCUGGAAUUUUGUAAUGUAUGUUAAUUUUAAAUAAUAAACGUUAAACAAGCAGUUGUGACCAAUUAAGAUAGUGUAGAUUUUUCAGUCAUAGUAGCCAACCCGUUUUUCUGAACCUGCAAUGUUGUCCUUUCAGUAUUUUAUUAAUAAAAUGUGAGUUGAAUUCAGUGAUGUAAACUAACAUAAUUCCAGGAUGUUUUUAUCAGUUUUAUCAUACUUUGGAUUGUGAAUAAGUAACAAAUAUGAAUAAAAUCUCACUUUUGA